AACCAUUAUGAGGGCAAAUGACUCAUCAGCAGCUGCAGAAGCUCUAGGGUUUGGUAGAACUAGAAAACCAGAACCUGUUCAGAGAGAUACGACAAGUUACGGAUCAACAAAUUAUGGCUAUACUUCUUCUUACUUAGGUGAAUCACAAAUAUCAAGACCGAGCGUCAUUAAUAAUGAAACAAAGAGAAUAAGUAGUCAUAAAAUCAUUGAUUAUGGAAAGACUCCCAAUGCUGGAUAUCAAUCUGCUAUUAAAGAAUCUUAUAUCCCAAGUUCAACUCAUAAAAUUGAGGAUGAUUUCUCCAGUCUGAAAUACAAUCACACUGUUAGCACAAAUUACCAGGGAAUCCAAGGAUCUUACAAUCAACCUCAAACUCACUCUUAUGGGAUGUCAUCAAAAUUAGGAGAAGGGAGCCUUGCUUCAAGCUAUAAUCCCUACAGACCAAUAGAGAACAAUAAAGAAAGUAUGAGCUCUUACCACCCGCCUAAUUUUCCUUACUUAAGUAAGAAUUAUGAAGCAGGGGCAACACAGAAAUUUCAGGAAACUAGCCAACCAUAUUAUAACAUAAACCCAAGUGACCAAGGUUAUCCAAGUUGUCAGAAUGAAAUCACCAAUCAUUUCAAAGAUCCGAACGGAGCUGCUACAAAUUUCGAAAUCCCUGCAGAUAAUGACAGCUAUCUCAGAACUCCUCCAAAGGAGAAGAGCCCUCCUCGGGCUUGGGGAGCUGGCGAGCAACCAAGAACUGCAGUACCUCAGGAUACUUAUGACAGUAGCGUGAUUCUCAAAAAUAAGCAGAACGAUUCAGCCAAAAAGGCUGAACUUUCACCUGAAGAGAUUCCGAUUCCUCACCUUAAACAAGCUAAUGAGAAGCCACAGAAAUCCGAAAGAAGGAAGACUAAGAAGGAGCCGAGAACUUCUCUUAGAACUGACAGACCUAAGAAGAAAGGAGGGUUAAUAAAGAACCCGAACAUUCUAAUCUUUAAAGAACUAGAAAAGCAUGCACUAGAAGAUGAAAUCUUGGAUGCAGAUGAAAGAUCGCCCUCACCUACUGCUAGGCCAGACCAUCCCACAAGCAAGGCUAAUUUCUUUAAAAAGGAGAGAAGUAUUCCUGGAAUAAAAAGAAAACCCAAAACCUUAGCCUCAGUUUUAGAGAAAAAGAGCAAAGAACUGGCAAGUGGUAAAACCAAAAGAUGUCCUAACAAAGAUAAUGCAAAAGCUAUGGCUACUAGGAAAAACUCUAGCCCUAAAGGGAGAGAAAAUAGCAAGAUUGCUACCAUUAAGAAAGCCUCAUAUUACACCCAGUCCAUAUAUAACCAAUCUAAGGAGAAGAGGGAAAGAUCUAAUAAUAUUCAGACAUUAAUAAAGUCUCGGAUUCCUAGUGCUAAAACUAUAAGACCUCAGCCUGAAGCUAAAUUUAACCAGAAGGGUGUCAAGAGAGCUAAAUUUGACUUAACUACAAUGUCAAGCCCCAAGAACAGAACUAUGACACCUAAAUAAAACAAUUUCUAAGUUUAGUGUUCAAACGCCUACUUCUAAAAUGAUGCAUAAGAAAACAAGAUUGAGAAAUUCAAAGUUGGUGAAAGAUAGCCCAAGGUCUGGACAAACUUUCACUCAAAGAAAGACUACUCUAACUACCAAUUCAGCAGUUAAAGCAAAAUCAAGAGUUCCCACAAGCACAGUAAAAUUACAUAAAACACCAAAGAAAUAAACAAGUUGCUAAGAAAAAAUUUAUUUCAAAGAAUGAGGAUCCAAAUGAUGGUAGAGAGCAAUGAAGAAGUUGCCAAAGAUGGUUUCUACCUGAAAGAGUUGAAAAACAUGAAAGCGCAUGCUACAAGAUCAACAACACUAAAAGAGCCAAAUUCAACAGCACAAGACAAAGAGAAAUUGAUUCUGACCAAAGAUAUUUCAAAAACCUAAAUGUUGAUAAGUAUGAAGAAAAGAAGCAAGCCAAAAAGUCGAACUGGAAGAAAAAGUCAUCCCAAUUCAGAGAGGCAAUGAAAGCAGCUAGAGAGGGUAAGGUAGCUCCUGCUCAAGACGACCAGACUCUUGUUCCUUGUAAAUACUGUAACAGAACAUUUAAAGAGGAAACUGCUGAAAGACAUAUUCCGUUCUGAGCCAAGAAGGCUAAACAGAACAAGAUAAAGAAAGGGAUUAAAAAAAGAAAGUAGUAAUUGUAUCAUUCUCAACAA